GUGGGGCUGGCCACACUUGAAACAGCUGAUUGUUCCCAUAAAAUUGCACUUUUAUGGCGAUAGCCCGAUAACCCGAUAGCCAAAGAAAAAGGGGAAGACAAACAAUGGAAUAAAACGAUCGGAUUACUGUUUUUAAUUCCUUUUCUUCUUUGCCGGCCCGAAAACACAUUUUUUAGUUAAUCAAACUUUAAUAUUUUUAGCUGUGUGAAUCAAAACAGAAACUUUAAGACAUGUUUGUUAAGAUUAAAUUAGAAUCCGAGGAGAACUCGAAGAAACCACACAUAUUCGAAAUCGAAGACGGAGCCACCAUGUAUGACCUGAAGGUCCAACUGGAAACUCUGGUGGGAGUACCGGUCGAUCGUCAGGAAAUCCACAGUCUGGCCAAAACACUCGGCAACGACGACCGACUGACUACCUUGUUGCGGAGUCAGGACUUUGGCGAUGGCAUUGAAAACGUCAAUGGAUCGGCAAUUUCGCUGUUCCAUGCACAGACAUUCGUUUGCUUUUUGCAAUUCUACUCCCCAUCCGAAGUCGACACCCAAAGACAGUUCUUUUUACAGCCCGAAGAUGCAAGGAAGUUGCCUAUCGACCGACUGCCCCAGUUCUGUGAGCUCUCGGACUCCGCGGACUCUACUAGCUCCAGCAUCUCAGCUAGAAGUAACACGAGCUUUGAAUCGGCUUCGACGGGAUCGAGUUCUCCGGAGCACAAGAGACGCCGAGUAAACGAUAUGGAUGAAGCUCCCACUAAGAGACAACGGAUUUCGGCCUCUAUUGACCAACUUACUUCCACUUUUACGUUGACCAGUAAGGAGGGCAAAACAGAAGCACUGAACCAGGAGGGCAGGAUUGAUACCAUUUCGGGUUCCAAGAUCAAAAAUUAUAAAAAAUCAGAUACCGACACGGAGGAUUCAUCCGACGACGAUGACAUCGGCACAAUUUCCAAGCCGUUACAGCCCCAGGUCGGGGAAGAAGUGGGGUGUGUUAAGCCGAUCGAUAGCCCUCCGUACGCCCUAGUGAUGCCAGAGAACAUAGAGUACGCCCUAGUCAUUAGCAACGAGGAUCCAAAAGCCGAGAGUGUGGAUAUUAAGGCGCUUUUGCAGCACUUCUUUUCGCUGUUUGAGAACUAUGCCGGAGAUCACCUUAAGUUCAGUGAGAGAACCACCAUGACAAAAUUCAGUUCCAAUCUACUCAUUGGUUGCGAGGACCAUAAAACCGCUGACUGGGUCACCAGUGCUGUAGCUGGCGUUUCUCCCCUGCAUUCGUGUCUGCCUUUCCCAAAGUUUUUUGGGCUAGUUCGGUGCUCCUUUGUCCUGCCCUUUAUGGUAGCCAAUAAGCCAAUGCGGUCAAUUUUCGAUCUCCUGGAAAAGCAGAACUGCGGACUCGUCACAGACAAAUGGAGCAUGGUUGGACGGAGUAUCCUUGAUCCGGCCAGCAAUGAUUUUGAGCAAAAGGCAGUAUCAUCAUUGUGCGAAAACGAGGAAAUUGAUAUGUACAUCGACGAAGAGAGCCGAACACUGAUCCUUGAGCAGUGCUCAAAGCUUAAGUACUGUUUUUGGAGGCUUCAUUUUGAGUUUGACUGCAAGCUCUGAGCUAAACCUAUUUCAGCUAUAUCUUUACAGUUGUUAAAUUUUAAAUCGUUUAUUCAUUAUGUUAUUUAUUUGUAUUUUACGGUACGAAGAAGUAUUAUACUUUAUGAACAAGAGUAUGAAAAUAUCAGUUAGCAAUGUAUAUAAACUAAUUUAAUAUUUAAACGGGCUUAAAAAAUGGAAUACAGAAAAAAAAAACAAAGAAG